ACUGAGGAGCUGAACGGCGUUUUCCUGGGCUGCAGUCGAAGCUGCCUCAGCCGGGUGCCAGCGCUGCUGAAAUCGCUUCUGCUGCUCUAAAAUUAGCUGCGAAGCGGAGAGGCACCUGCUGCCUCCCCGAGCGUGACCAGGGGCUCCUGGUGCCCCCGAGGAGGGUCCAAGGCCACGUCCUCGCCAGCCUCCCCCCUUCCCCACCGCCUUCAGUCAGGCUGGGUCCAGCCUGGGCUUCCUUCCCUGAGGCAGCAGAUGCAACGCGGCUCUCCAGGAUGCCCAAAGAGGGCAGGAGCAAGAAGCCAGCCUGCCAUGGCGACGUAUUUUGGGUAGCUAAGGAGGUGCCGGGGGUACCCGGGGCCAAACCCAGAGAGAAAUGCAAUGCCGCAAGAGGAAGCGGGAGGGCUGCGGGCGCAGGAAGGGGCGGCGAGGGCGAGGCGAUGCUGCGCGGGCGCCCAGGGGACCCGACGGCGGGUGGCGAGCGAAGACGGGCGCCGAGAGCGGGGAACGAGUGGGGAGCUCGGCCCCUUCCAUGCUGCCCCAGCGCCGCUGCGCAGGGAGGCGGGUGGAGGAGGAGAGGGAAGGGUUACCCGGCACGGCUGCCUGUUAAAGAGGAAUAGCUCCGCUGGCUCUGGAGGAUGAGCAGAAGGAGCUAUUGCAGAUAAGCGCCGGCGAGCUGAGGAUGUGAGAGCGGGAGCCGGAGCGGGGACCGCCGAUGGUCGCCGGCCCCCCGAGCCCCCCGGCGAGCCCCCUGCCCCCUCGGCCUCUCGCCUCCGCUGGGCUUCGAUGACCAUCGGCAGCAGCAUGAGCAGCGGCUACUGUAGCUUGGAUGAAGACCUCGAGGAUUGCUUUUUCACGGCAAAAACCUCUUUCUUCCGGAGCACGCCGAACAAGGUCCCUGCCAAGAAUGUAACGCAAACAGUAGAAGAAGAAAAACCUGAGCCUCCGACCGUCCAGGAGAUCAAACAGAAAAUUGAAAAAUACAACGCAAAAGUUACCAACUGCCUGUUGAUGAAGCUGAAUGAUGAUGGGACGUACACGGGUUUCAUUAAAGUGCAUUUGAAACUGCGCCGCCCCGUGACGGUGCCGGCGGGGAUCCGGCCGCAGUCCAUCUACGAUGCCCUCAAGGAGGUGAACCUGGCCGACAUGACGGACAAGAGAACCUCCUUCUACUUGCCGCUGGAUGCCGUCAAGCAGCUCCACAUCAGCAGCACGACCACGGUGAGCGAGGUGAUCCAGGGGCUCCUGAAGAAGUUCAUGGUGGUGGAUAACCCUCAGAAGUUUGCACUUUUCAAGGAGAUGCGGAAGGAUGGGCAAGUGCUCUUCCAGAAGCUCCCUCUCACCGAGUACCCCCUGUACCUGCGGCUGCUGGCGGGCCCCGACACGGACGUGCUCAGCUUCGUGCUGAAGGAAAACGAAACAGGGGAAGUUGAGUGGGACGCGUUCUCCAUCCCAGAGCUACAGAACUUCUUGAUGAUACUGGACAAAGAAGAGAAGGACAAAAUCCAGCAGGUUCAAAGGAAAUACGAGAAGUUCAAACAGAGACUGCAACAGACCCUGAAAGAAGCCCGAGGCAAGCCUGGAUAACCCCUCAGGAGCCACUGGGCACCAGACUAAGCUAGAUACUAUUUUUAAAAUGAAAAGACGCUUCUCAGGACACCUUUUCAUCACUCUCCCUUUUCAUCCUUCCAUUAAGGACUGGCUCCCAGCACCCAUAACACGAACAUACAGCAUUUUCUUCUUCUGAAACCUCUUAUCCCAGGACCAGAGCCAGUCAAAGCACGGGAAGACGGUUUUAAACUGUGGCCGUCAACAAACCAAACGCAGCUGCUGGUUCACUUUUCAGCUGUACCAUCCGAUGGAGAAGCUCCGUGGAAAACGCUGGGUGUUAAACCCCAGAGGAACAUCUCCUGGCUGAUGUUUUGAGCAGGGUAACGCUUGCUGUUCACACUCCUCCCAGCAACGCUCUUGUCCCCGUCCGGCCGUGCCGCGCUCACGGCGUGUGCCCGCGUGGCCGAGUCCUCGUUUCGUAAGUCGAGCGGAGGAAGCAGCAGAUAAAGCGGAGGAGGUGGUUGCACCGACCCACGUGGGCGUCGCAGCUGUAACCAACGCCAGACGGACUUGUUCAGGGCUAAGAUAGGCAGGGAAGGGUAAAGUUAUGACACCAAGGCAGCUGCAACACCCAAACAGUCUGUCAGUAAGUGUUAUUGGAACUUGGUAAUAUUAAUUCGAGGAAAAGUCAUCCAUUUUGACUCUAGUUAAUGUCCAGUUUUGAAAACAAUGUGAAUUAAAGCAAAUACCCCUGAUGCUUAGCUAAGAUAGCCAGUGUUUUACCAGUUUUGUUCUCUGUAGGAUUUGGGACCUAUGUUUGAACAGAUUCUGUUUGAAAAGGGUAAAGAUGAUGGUUGGGGCAUGGGCCAGCGGUUCGGUACCGAACGUUUAGCAAUACAUAUCCAACAGAUUAAGCCAGGAAAGCUCAAAACCCCUUUUUACAAAGCAAAGCGAUUUUGAGCUAUGGACAGGUCUGGCCCCGAGGGCGAGUUGCUGCGGCCAGGGCCAGGCUGUGGAG